AUGCGUUCCAUGAAGGCAAAGCAUCGGCUCGCCCGCCCCCUCCCUCGCCUCUUGUCCACGGCUGCAACGGGGGUCUCGGCGUCGGCAGCUCCUCAAAUCACUCCCAUCACAUCGCUCCUCAUUGCCAAUCGUGGUGAGAUUGCUCUCAGGAUCCACAAGACUGCCGACAGGCUCGGAAUCCGUACAACAACCCUCUACACAGAUCCAGACGCCUCCUCCCAGCAUGCCGCCUGCUCACCACACUCCCUCUCACUCGGCAACCCCAAGGCCUACCUCGACGGCGAUCGCAUAAUCUCUCUUGCGAAGCAGCACGGCAUUCAGGCACUCCACCCUGGCUACGGCUUCCUUUCCGAGAACCCCGCUUUUGCCUCUCGCUGCGAGAAGGAGGGCAUCGUCUUCGUUGGCCCGCCCGCCAAAGCCAUGCACGACAUGGGCGACAAGGCUCGCAGCAAGGAGAUCAUGACCGCUGCCGGUGUUCCCUGUGUUCCGGGGUACCACGGCGCGGAUCAAGAGGAGGCACAGCUGCUGCAGCACGCUCGCGAGGUCCGCUUCCCUGUGCUACUGAAGAGCGUCAAGGGCGGUGGUGGCAAGGGCAUGCGCAUCGUCUUGACCGAAGACGAGUUUCCCGCCCAGCUACGCAGCGCCAGGCUCGAGGCUAAGGCAUCGUUUGGCGACGGCGGCGAGGUCAUGCUUGUGGAGAAGUACAUCGUGCGUCCGCGUCACGUCGAGGUCCAGGUCUUCGCCGACAAGCACGGGAACUGUGUGGCACUCGGUGAGCGUGACUGCAGUGUGCAGCGUCGUCACCAGAAGAUUCUCGAAGAGUCGCCCGCACCUUGCCUAGACGAAGCCACGAGACUCGAUCUCUGGGAUAAGGCGCGGAAGGCUGCCUCCGCCGUUGAUUACGUCGGCGCUGGUACCGUGGAGUUUAUUCUGGACCGCGACACUGGCGAGUUCUACUUCAUGGAGAUGAACACCCGUCUGCAAGUUGAGCAUCCCGUCAGCGAGAUGGUCACUGGUACCGAUCUUGUUGAAUGGCAGCUGAACAUUGCGGCUGGCGAGAAGCUCCCCAUGACACAAGAGGAGAUUUCUGAAGCCAUUUCUCAGCGGGGCGCUGCCAUUGAGGCGCGUAUUUAUGCCGAGAGUCCUGAAAAGGGCUUCAUGCCUGACUCUGGCAAGCUUGUUCACCUUACCACUCCUGCCACCGAUCCCGACGUCCGUAUUGAUGCCGGUUUCGUCCAGGGCGACACCGUCUCCGAAGCCUACGACGGCAUGAUUGCCAAGUUGAUUGUGCGCGGCCGCGACCGUGAGACGGCUAUCCGUCGCCUGGAGCUUGCACUUCGCGAUUAUGAAGUGGUCGGUCUGAGCACGAACAUCGAGUUCCUCAAGCGCAUGUGCCGCUCGCCGGCGUUCAUCGAGGGUGAUGUGGAAACAGGUUUCAUCGAGAAGUGGAAGGAUGAGCUCUUUGCGCCUCGAGUGAUCACCGACGAGGUCUUUGUGCAGGCAGCUCUGGGCUCGUUGACGGCGCAGCUCGCGAGCGAGGCGCCCCACGGCGGCAGUCUCGGGUUCGGCGCGCCAAACACGGCGACAGAGCGCAGUUUCGCGCUCAAGGUGCUAGACGCAUACUCAAAGCAGGAUGGCGAGGUUGUGCAGGUCACAGUCAGCCAGACAAGUCCCGGCAUGUUCAGCGCCACUGUGACGAGGAAGGGCGCCGAGCCAGAGGUGAUCGAGAAGAUUGCAUGCACUUCAUCGACACCGAAAUCCCUGGCAACCAAGCUGACAACCUUCUUCCCCGGCGAGAGGAUACACUCCACAGUAGUCAGGACGACACCAAACGCAACCGAGACUCAGGACUCCAAGGUUGUCGUGUUCCAGCACGGUGUGAGGACAGAGCUAGCGCUGCUGCCGCCCAAAUGGUUCGAGAAGGCGCUGGGCCUCAAGGAGAUUGCUGCCUCUGUUGUUGCGCCGAUGCCGUGCAAGGUUCUGAGAAACGAGGUCGCUGAGGACGAGGUCGUUAAGAAGGGUGCGCCAUUGGUUGUUAUUGAGUCGAUGAAGAUGGAGACCGUCAUCAGGUCACCUCAGGAUGGCGUGGUGAAGAAACUGGCACACAAGGAGGGGGACAUUUGCAAAGCUGGCACGGUGCUUGUGCUGUUUGAGGAAGAGGCCGCCGCCAACGAAGCGUCAUGA